CAUCGGAUCUCAUUCCUGGCUGAGGCCAAGGGGAGUGUAUUCCUGUCCUGUUCGUGGAGGUCCACUUGGAGCCAGAUGGAGGUCCCUGCCUCUUCCAGUGGCAGGAGCAUGCUGUCCUACACUGUGCCCGGUGAGAACAUUACGGUCCUUCUACCGGGGGGCUCCCUCGUGCCCCACCCAGAGGAACUGGAGCCUCCCGACCAGGACGACAGGAAAAAAGGUCUGAAGAAUGAGGCCAAAGUGCUUGGGACCAUCCAGAUCCUCUCAGGGGCCAUGAUUAUGAGCCUGGGGGUCCUCCUGCUGUGGACUUCCUUCCCCCGUCACUUCCGCCCGGUUAUCGUAACCUUGGUGUCGUCUGGAUACCCGUUCGUUGGUGCCAAGUGUUUUAUCAUUUCUGGAUUGCUAUGUAUCAUCUUGGAAAAAAGAUCAACUAAACGUUUGGCCUGGACCAGCCUGGUCACCAGCCUUCUGAGUCUCCUGGGCACUUUUGUGGGGUUCGUCGUCAUCCUCCUCAGCCUGGCAGUGGGGUUCACCGCCUUGGGACAGUGCAAACUGGACGUGGGGUCCAGGCAGACGCCCCAGGACAACUUCCCUUCAAGAGGCAGGACCGCUGACUGCGCCUUCGCUGGCUCCAGUCUGUUGGGGGUGCUCUCGGUGAUGCUCCUCUUCACGGUGUUGGAGCUUGGCGUCGCCAUCCCGUCUUCCAUCCUCUGGUGGAAACAGGCCCGGUCAAGCAUCCCUGGGGUUGUGCGUUUCCUGGCUCAGAGCGACACAGUCGUCACCAACAUGCUCGCAAGAGCAUCUGCUGAUCCUGAUCCUCAUCCCGGAUUUGAAGAACAGGUGACCUCUUAGGAGAGAGAGAAUGAAAGAGACGGAAUGAGACAAUGAGAGAUGGAGAGAGAGACAGAGACAGAGAGUUACGGUGACCUGUGAAGACCAGCAUCCCUGGAGAGGGAGAGUGGAUCUCACUGAAAACCUGGGCCUGUGGUCCCCUAAGGAAUUUAUAAACAGGCUUGUCUUCUUCUAAGCGAAUGUUUGUUUCGCGUGGGUCCCCUG